AUGGUACCAGUGGGCACCAUGGCCCCCGACUCAGCCCCCGGUGGGGGCUUGCUCGGUGGCCGGAGCCUCAGCAGGACCAUCGGCUUCCCUCUCCAGACCUCCGAGGAAGGAGUCGGCGGGACGUACAUUCUGAGCACCGUGCCCAGAGACCGACCAAGUGGUGGACCCUCCGCAGCAGCUCUAGGGCUGGUUCUCUUCUCUUUCCCCUCUCACGCCUCGGAGCGCGCAAGUCAGGCAGCCCCGGCAGCAGGCUGCGCUCCCCGCCCGGCGCCGCAAGGGUGCGGGGAAGGGCGAGGAGGGAUCCGGAGGGGCAGAGUCAGUGACGUGCCCACCAGCCCCCCGCCCCCCAGCCGGAGACACUCGGCGCCGCGCUGGUUCAGGCGGCACAAGGCAGCCGGGGGCUCCUCAGGCAGCGCCCGCUCCGCCUCGCGCUCUCCCGCUCCCCCGCCCGCCAUCCCGCCUUGUUUUCUCCUGGCCGGGGCCCCCCUCGCAGCUGCCACCCUGAAGUUUCUGGCCGUGCUCCUGGCCGCAGGGAUGCUCGCUUUCCUUGGUGCAAUCAUUUGCAUCAUCGCGAGCGUCCACCCUGCGGCCAGCCCCGCCGGAGCUCUCCGGGGUGCUGACAAUGACUCCAGCGCCGCCGCCGCCCUGCUGCCGGCCUCCGCCGCCGACAAGGGGCCGGGCGCUCUCCACGGAGCCGGGCAGAGCUUCUCGGGCGGCCCCCAGGACUCCCUGCUGGAGCUGCUCUCCAGCAGCGCCCGGCCCCGCCAGCAGCAGCAGCACCACCAGCAGCUCUUCAGCCGCUUCCUCUGCACGCCGCUGCCGGCCGAGUGCCCCUCCGACAGCCCCCCGCCGGGGGACGGCCCCGCGCCCGCCGAGGACCUCUUCUUCCUGCACGCCGCGGCCGAGCAGCUGAGGCAGACGGCGCUGCAGCAGAAGGACCAGAUCCUGAGCGACCAGGAGACCAUCCGCGAGCUGACGGGCAAGCUGAGCCAGUGCGAGAGCGGGCUGGAGCUGAGCUUCCAGGACAGCGCCUCUCUCUGGGGCGGGCCCCGGAAAGACACCAUGGGCGACCUGCCCUGGGACUCGCCAGCCAUGGUCCAGGAGCUGGAGGAUGCUGUCCGGUCGCUGAAAGACAGGAUCGACAAGAUAGAGCAGGAGCUCCCAGCACGAGCCAACAUCUCCACCUCCUCCUCCCCUGUGCUGACCCGAGAUGUGCUCCACACCAAGAUGGAGGAGAUAGAGGAGCAGCUCCUCUCCAAGAUACUGUCUCUGGAGAAAGAACGCUCCUCCGUUACCAGCAACAAUGACCAGCAGCAACAAGAGGUGGAGAAGGAGCUGAGCGUUCUCCAGAGCCGAGUUUCUGAGUUGGAACAGGAGCACCCAGGAGCACCAGACUUUAACCCUCCAGAUGCCUACAAGGUGACCAUCCCCGUACGGACCAACUACAUGUACGCACGCAUGAAGAAGAGCCUGCCGGAGCUUUUCUCCUUCACAGUCUGCAUGUGGCUGAAGUCCAAAGCCUCCUCAGGGCUGGGCACUCCUUUCUCCUAUUCUGCUCCCGGGCAAGCCAACGAGAUUGUGCUGAUGGAGUGGGGACACAAUCCCAUGGAGCUGCUCAUCAACGACAAGGUUGCCCAGCUGCCCCUGAAUCUGAAGGAUGGGACAUGGCACCACAUCUGCAUCGCUUGGACCACCCGGGAUGGCGUAUGGUGGGCAUAUGAGGAUGGUGAGCAGCGUGGGUCCAGUGAGAACCUGGCCGCCUGGCAUCCCAUCAAACCCCACGGGGUAAUAAUCCUGGGCCAGGAGCAGGAUACGUUGGGCGGGCGAUUUGACGCGACCCAGGCCUUUGUCGGCGAGAUAGCUCAGUUCAACAUAUGGGACCAUAUCCUGACACCCACCGAGAUCCUAGGCCUGGCCAACUGCACCUCCCACCUGCAAGGCAACGUGAUCCAGUGGGACGACGAACUAGUGGAGGUCCUUGGGGGCGCCACCAAGUGGAGCUUCGAGAUGUGUGAGGAGAGGAUGAAGGCCUGAGAAGCCCCCC